AUGCUCCAAAACCCUCCUGACACAGUCUCACAACGGUGCACUUCACCCCUUGAGGAACCAGCUGGGGCUAAUAGCCUGCAAACUCUCAGGUGAACGUUCGAACAGAGAGGCAGUUCAAGCCAAGCUACUGAUAUCAUCAUCCAAUCUUGGACUUCUUGAACCCAGAAACAAUUUAUAUUUAAGCUCGAUAGCGUGAGGAGUGGUUGCCCAAUCUCCCGAGCCAGGGGCUCAUGUAUUAAACGCUUGAGCAUUCCGGAUCGAAUUGGAAUUUAGAAAUGUUGGUUUUUGCGGAGAGGGGAAAACCGGAGUACCCGGAGAAAAACCUCUCGGAGCAGAGAAGAGAACCAACAACAAACUUAACCCACAUAUGACGUCGAGUCCGGGAAUCGAACCCGGGCCACAUUGGUGGAAGGCGAGUGCUCUCACCACUGUGCCAUCCCUGCUCCCCCAAUAUCAACCAUAUAUCAAGAAGUGGCUUGAAUUUUGUCAUGGAAGGAAGAACAAUCCAUAUGAUCCACCUAUAGCAACUGUGCUUGACUUUUUGGUGAGUCUUCAUGAGAAGGGACUAGGAUAUUCAACCCUGAACACUGCUAGGAGUGAAAUUUCUGCGAUUGUUCUUCCACAUAACGAUGUCACAAUAGGGAGCAAUCCUAUUAUCUCCAGGUUUAUGAAAGGAAUUUUCAAAAUCAACCCUCCUACACCUUGCUACAAGACAACAUGGGACCCUCAUAUUGUUUUGAAUUACCUCUCAUUCCUUGGUACAGGGGACAAAUUGACAUUGAAACUACUGUCAAUGAAACUGCUUAUGUUAAGUGCAUUGGUCUCAGCUCAAAGAGGACAAAGUCUCCACAUCUUGGAUAUCCGGUUUAUGAAGGAAGGUGAGACACAGUUUGAGUUUCUACUCCCAGAACACAUCAAACUAAGCAGACCUAGAUAUAAACCACCAUCAGUUAUGCUUAAAGCCUACCCCACGGAUAAGACAUUGUGUGUUGUUAGCCAUAUGAAGGAAUACCUAAGGAGGACUAAGCCUGUAAGAGGAGACAGCACAAAGCUUUUCAUAAGCUUUAUGGAACCCCACAAGCAUAUCUCAAGAGAAACUCUGUCCCGCUGGAUUAAAACUGUGAUGGAAGCAGCUGGAAAAGAUACUAGUAUAUUCCAUACCCACAGCACAAGGGCAGCUGCCACAUCAAAAGCAAAAGCAGCAUGUGUAACCAUUCAGGAAAUCCUGGACACUACAGGCUGGUCAUCAUCAAAAACAUUUGACAGAUUUUAUAACAAGCCUACAUCUGAUGAACUUACGUUUGCUAACUCACUUUUAAAAAAGGAUUAG